AUGGCUUCGAAAAAGACGAAAGCAGCUACCCCUGCUGCCGAUGACAACCUCGACGAGCUCUUUGAGGGCAUUGGCGAUGACGCCAAGUCCAAAAAAACGACCAACCCCAAAGCCAACAAACCCACCUCGGCAGCCUCAAAGGCCAAGGGAGAUGACGAUAUCCUGGCCGACCUCGAGUCUCAACUUGCGUCCGAGCAGUCCUCAUCGCGCCCGCAUACUCCCCGAGGUGUGAGACGGGCCGCUGGGACACCCCCUGUUGGUGACGACAAGGCCGCAGCAGCUGCUGCCCGCAAGUCGACCGACAGCGCAAGAAGCUUGAGGGCGAGCUUCACACCUAGCGCCACCAGCUCUGAGCUUCACGAUGCUGAGAAGAAGGGCACUGUCGAGCAGGUUCAACAACAGCAGAGCGGUGGUUGGUGGGGUGGCAUCCUCUCAACUGCUACCGGCGUAAUGAAGCAGGCUGAAAAUGCCUACAAAGAGAUGCAACAUAAUGAAGAGGCCAAGAAAUGGGCUGAUCAAGUUCGAGGCUUGUCAGGAGGCAUCGACGUCGGCGCGUUGCGCAACUACGGAGAUGAGCUUCGAAGCCGGGCUAUGCCCACGUUUACCAACAUUCUACAUACCCUUGCGCCGCCUAUUAGCUCUCACGAGAGACUGAUGAUUCACAUUACCCACGAUCUUGUCGGUUACCCGUCCAUGGACCCCUUGAUUCAUGGCGUUUUCUCUCGUGUCAUGUCACAAGUCGAAGGUGGUGAUUUGCUCGUUGUCCAGCGAGGACACGAGAGCAGCUCUCGACGCUACAGUGACGGUUCUGCUGGCUGGCGAGAUGGUCCCUGGUGGCGCCAGACUGACGGCCCUCGGGAACUUGGCCUUGUCAAGGGCAUGGUGGAGGGCACCAAGCUGUGUCGUGCCGGCGCUGAAUCAUAUGCGAAUGAAUACUUUGCCGCCCACGGAGGCAUCGAAGCGGCCAAGACCCGAGCUACAGAAGAUUUGAGCGAGAGCAACCCUGUGCGGACUUCCGACAUCUUCUUGUCCGUGCAGGCCAUCUCGGUGGACGCCGACAAGACGUUAUUCGCUGGCUCAGCCUCAGCAGAGAAGGAGAAAGAAGCAUCCGCCGUGAAGGAGCAAGAAGAGGAGGAUGAGCAUGUCUGCUUUGCCGUCUAUGUCCUUGACCCGGUCCACGAAAUUGAAUUCUCUACAGUCAGCCAGAGCAUUCCUUCAAAAUGGAUUCGCUGGCUCGAUGCUGCCACGCCACUGACGCCUGGGUCUAAUGACGGAACCCAGGAUACACCCUUUGACGGCGGCAUUCCCGAUGAUAUCAAAGAUAUUAUUGAGAGCGGUGGUGUUGACCCCCGCGAGUGGGUUGCUGAAUGGAUUGAAGAUACACUAAACCUGUCAGUUGGCAUUGUCGCUCAACGAUACGUCGCAAGGCGAAUGGGUGUUGGUGAGGGCGGCCUUGGACGCGGCAAGAAGAGGGUGGAAGAGCUCGUGGACGCCAACGCGGGCGAAGUAGCAAGAGCCGGGCUAAUUUAG